AUGUCCAAGGAGGGCUUCCUGCUGCUGCACGACGAGGGCCGCCGAAGCCACAUCUACUACUGCGUGCUGGGCGAAGGCAAGCUGCAGUUCUACACGCGCAGGGACCGCGGCGUCAUGGUGCGCGAGGUGGCGCUCUCCCGCUCGCGGCUCAAGGUGCGCGGCAUUCCGGACGCCGACGGCCGCGACUGCCCCUACAGCUUCUCGGUGCGGCUGCAGCGCUCGCGCAUCCGCGACGGCCGCAUCCUCGUCUACGGGACGCCCACGCUGCUCGUCAUGAGCGCGCCCACGUGGGGCGAGCGCAAGGCCUGGGGCAACGCCAUCCACGCCUGGCAGCGCAACUACUGGGGCGAGCCGCAGCACAAGGCGCUGGGGCUCGCGCCCGACGAGCUCGAGGUCUUCUUCGAGACGCAGUACAAGGCGCUGACCAUGGUGCUGCAGAGCUCCGUGCCCGAGGCCUCGACGCCCAGGCACGACGGAGACCGCCAGAGGAUGAAGAAGCAACAGCAGAGAGCCACGGUGGCGGCCGCAGCUGCUGUGGCGGUGCCCAAGGCGCUCUUUGGGCGGGCGCAGGCGGUGAAGAAGGUGGGCAACAGAGUGAGCAAGAAGCUGAGGGAGAAGGCCGUCACAUUCUCGCUGCCGCCGAUGGGACUGAGCGUGUCCACGUCCGUGCAGAACCCGCCGACGGUGUGA